AUGGGUAUAAAAACGCAUUUGCCGUCGACCGUGCGCCCACCUGUCAUGAUGCGACUCUACAUGACCCGGCGUUCGUCGCUGCACACAGUCUACUCCGACCCCGAGGGGCAUACGCUCUACAAAGUGCGCACGCCCUUCACGCUCGCCAAGGGGCGGCGGUGGGAUAUCAGCCGUGCGAAAGAGCACCCCUCGCCAUACCCCGCACAGCGUGAAUACGAUGCAUUGGCGCAAAUUCAUUGGCGGCGGGAUCUUACAACACUAUCUAUUGGAGAGCAAUCUAUGAACGCCGCCAAUUUCUUCCGCAGAACAGGGUUAUAUGGGAGAAGCCUUUCAUUCACCGGCCCCGAUGGCUACGAGUACAAAUGGGUACUCGGGACAAUACACCCUCAGCUUGUGCGCGUUGACGAGAAGCAGACGCUCAUAGCAAAAUACUACAAGGAACGCCACAAGGUUCCCUUCAUAAAGCAUAGGCCAGCAUACCUCGACAUAUUCCCGCCCGGUGAAGGCAUGGCGGACAUCAUCUUCAUCACCUUUCUGUACAUCCACAAAGUACGCCACGACCGACUGAACGUCCUCCGUAGCCUACAGGAUGAUGGGUUGGAAUGA